AUGUUAGGAACACAAGUUCAUCAGACAGGGGAGGUCGUGACUUCAGAAUACAUAUUUCAAGAAAUGCUCAAAAACAGAAAACACUUUGAAAGAGAAGGGAGUAUGCAGGAGAAGGAGUUGUAUGUGGAUGAGCUAUUUCAGACGCUGUGA